UGGUGUUGUGAAUGUGAACCCGCCAUUCCAACGGCUGCUAAUUUUCGUUAUUCUCGAGUUACCCGGCGACUUAAUCACUCGGCUGCUCUAGAUCAUUUUUUAUACAUCAUGAGAGAGUGCAUUUCCGUUCACGUUGGACAGGCAGGGUGUCAGAUUGGUAACGCUUGUUGGGAGCUUUACUGCCUUGAACAUGGAAUCCAACCUGAUGGUCAGAUGCCCUCUGACAAGACGAUGGGAGGUGGAGAUGAUUCCUUCAACACCUUCUUUUCUGAGACUGGAGCCGGCAAACACGUCCCCCGAGCUGUAUUCGUAGACCUUGAACCUACUGUAAUUGACGAGGUCAGAACCGGAGUAUACCGUCAACUCUUCCACCCUGAACAACUGGUGACUGGUAAGGAGGACGCUGCCAACAACUAUGCCCGCGGUCACUACACCAUUGGAAAGGAGAUUGUUGACUUGGUUCUUGACAGGAUUAGGAAGCUUGCUGACCAGUGCACCGGAUUACAGGGGUUCCUCAUCUUCCAUUCCUUCGGUGGAGGAACCGGAUCUGGAUUCACUUCUCUUCUCAUGGAACGACUCUCUGUCGACUAUGGAAAGAAGAGUAAGCUUGAGUUCGCUGUGUACCCGGCCCCUCAGGUUGCAACUGCUGUAGUAGAACCCUACAACUCUAUACUGACAACCCACACCACACUCGAGCACUCUGACUGCGCCUUCAUGGUUGACAACGAGGCCAUCUACGAUAUCUGCCGACGAAACCUGGACAUAGACCGACCAACCUAUACAAACUUGAACCGUCUGAUUGGACAGAUCGUCUCUUCGAUCACUGCCUCCCUCAGGUUCGACGGAGCCUUGAACGUCGACCUGACUGAGUUCCAAACCAACUUGGUUCCCUACCCCAGGAUCCACUUCCCUCUGGUCACCUACGCCCCCGUCAUCUCGGCUGAGAAGGCGUACCACGAGCAGUUGAGCGUGGCUGAGAUCACUAACGCCUGCUUUGAGCCUGCCAAUCAGAUGGUGAAGUGCGACCCUCGCCACGGGAAGUACAUGGCCUGCUGUAUGCUGUACAGAGGUGAUGUAGUUCCCAAGGAUGUUAACGCCGCCAUAGCUACGAUCAAGACCAAGCGUACAAUCCAGUUUGUUGACUGGUGCCCAACCGGGUUCAAGGUUGGUAUAAACUACCAGCCUCCUACUGUUGUACCUGGAGGAGACCUUGCCAAGGUGCAGAGAGCGGUCUGCAUGUUGUCCAACACCACCGCUAUCGCUGAGGCCUGGGCCCGCCUGGAUCACAAGUUUGAUCUGAUGUACGCCAAGAGAGCCUUUGUCCACUGGUAUGUUGGAGAGGGCAUGGAGGAGGGAGAGUUUAGCGAGGCCAGGGAGGAUAUGGCUGCCCUGGAGAAGGAUUACGAGGAGGUCGGUAUGGACAGCUUGGAGGCCGAGGGAGAGGGAGGAGAAGAAUAUUAAGACACUUUUUCAUUUUAAAUAGAACUUGGACUUUUAUUUAUUUAAUUAUUCGGCUUUUAUCAAUAAAUAUUUCAAUAUA